UUCGCCGGUGUUAUCAGUGAUGGCCCGUGGCCCCGCCUCAUGGUGCGUGCGGCUGGGCUGUUGGCCGGGCGAGUAGCGGAGGGAGGCAGUGUGACGCCAUGGCGCUGUUCCUCCGACUUUCUCUACAAACUUCUGGGACUCGGUGGAGUUAAAGUGUUCACCUUCAGCCGGGUUCCCACCUGCGCCCAGGUGGUUCUCUCAGACGGAAGAUAAAGUUUGUACCGUGUUCUCGGGCGUGUGAGCCGGACUCAGGUGAAGUGUUGGUAAACUUGGUGAAGCGCUCCGUUUAGCUCCCUCGGCUAGCUCCCUCUGUCCGACAGCCGCUGCGACGCGGAGAAAGUCCGAGACUCUGAGACUCUAAACGCUUCGAGUCUGCCUUUUACUCACUUCAACCCGUCCGCGUGGUUUAUUCUCACCGAGUGUUCAGGUGACUCAGAACCUGUGGGUUAAACUCGUUGCUAACGUUAGCAAGCUAAUCACUCAGCAGUGGCCUUUUCGAACCGGGUUUUCUGUCUGGUCAGCUGAGAGAAAGUGAACUCAACUUCAUGACGGAGUUAUGUGUGUGUAGUUAAGUGUGUAACUCGGUCUCUGCGCCGGUCGCUGAGGUUUGUUUGGGACGCGCGGACCGGACCGGACCGGACCGGGACAGGCGGCUGAAACUCGGGCACUGAGUAAUGAAGGGCGCGUCCGUUGUCCCGGAGGUUGUUAUUGCAUGUCUGGAGAGGUAACGCGACCCCGGUUUCCAUCCAUCAGCGCACCUUAUGGUGCCGCCGCCGCAGGCGCCGAGUCAUGGAUGUUCCCCGGGCCGUUUUCCCGAACGGUGAGGGGCGACUAGUGGAGCAUGGCUGGCCGGAGAGCUCCACUACUUCCUCCUCCUCUUCCUCCUCCGUGGCCGCUGCAGCCGGGAACUCUCGCGCGCACUCGGCGCCGGCGCGCACGCGCUCGCUGUGGACAGCGGCGUACGACUACGAGGCGAGCGGUGAGGACGAGCUCAGCCUGCGGCGGGGUGACGUGGUCGAGGUGCUGUCCAAAGACGCCGCCGUAUCCGGCGAUGAAGGCUGGUGGACCGGCAAGCUCAACCACCGCGUGGGCAUUUUCCCGUCCAACUACGUCACCUAUCACAGAUCGGCCGCCGUGUCAUCACCGUCACCGUCCGCAGCAUCGCGAGAUCCCUUGAACAUCCCGUUCAGCGCGCUCGUGCUCGAGGAGAUCAUCGGCGUCGGCGGCUUCGGUAAAGUGUACCGCGGGACAUGGCGCGAGCAGGAGGUGGCCGUGAAGGCGGCGCGCCAGGACCCGGACGAGGACAUCACCGCCACCGCAGAGAGCGUCAAGCAGGAGGCCAAGCUGUUCGCCAUGCUGCGCCACCCCAACAUCAUCCGGCUCGAGGGCGUGUGUCUGGAGGAGCCCAACCUGUGCCUGGUGAUGGAGUACGCGCAGGGAGGCACGUUAAACCGCGCGCUCACCGGAAGACGCAUCCCGCCACACAUCCUGGUCAACUGGGCCGUGCAGAUCGCCAAGGGCAUGCAGUACCUGCACGAGGAGGCCGCCGUUCCCAUCAUCCACCGCGACCUGAAGUCCAGCAACAUUUUAUUACUUGAAAGAAUUGAGAACAAUGACAUUGGUAGGAAGACCUUGAAGAUCACAGACUUUGGCUUGGCUAGAGAGUGGCACAAGACGACUAAAAUGAGUGCUGCUGGUACGUACUCGUGGAUGGCUCCUGAGGUCAUCAAAUCCUCCCUCUUCUCCAAAGGCAGUGAUGUAUGGAGUUAUGGGGUGCUUCUAUGGGAGCUGCUGACGGGAGAGGUACCUUACCGUGGUAUUGAUGGGUUGGCAGUUGCCUAUGGCGUGGCUGUCAAUAAAUUAACCCUCCCCAUUCCAUCCACCUGCCCUGAACCUUUUGCCAAGCUCAUGGAAGAAUGCUGGGAACAGGAUCCCCACAUCAGACCGAUGUUCGCCACCAUCCUGGAGCAGUUGACAGCCAUAGAGGAGGCCGUGAUGGCCACCAUGCCGCAGGACUCCUUCCACUCCAUGCAGGAAGACUGGAGGGUGGAGAUCCAGGAGAUGUUUGAUGAGCUGCGAACGAAAGAGAAGGAGCUUCGCUCUCGUGAGGAGGAGCUGAUGCGGGCGGCGUUGCAACAGAAAUCACAUGAGGAACUACUGAAGAGGCGGGAACAGCAGCUGGCUGAGCGAGAGAUCAAUGUGCUGGAGCGUGAGCUCAACAUCCUCAUCUUCCAGCUGAACAAGGAUAAGCCCAACGUCAAGAAGAGGAAGGGCAAGUUUAAGCGCAGUCGCCUCAAGCUGAAGGAUGGUAACCGCAUCAGCUUGCCCUCAGAUUUUCAGCAUAAAAUCACAGUGCAGGCUUCACCAUCGAUGGAGAAGAGGAGGAGCCUAAACAGCACCAGUUCCAGUCCUCCCAGCAGCCCCACACUCAUCCCUCGCCUCCGGGCAAUCCAGCUGAACUGUUCCAGUGAUUCUACACAAAGGAACAGUAUAUAUGUGUAUCACCAAGAUGUGGAUAUCACGAACGAGUGUAAACCUCAUACAGGGAGGAAAGUAACUCUGGAUGAGAGCAACAGGACGUGGGGCAGGAGCACCAUCUAUAAGCCUGAGGAGUUUGAGGAUGUGAAGAAGGGCUUAAAGAAGAAGGUUCGCACAUGGGGUCCGAGCUCCAUUCAGACCAAGGAGAGAGGAAACAGUGCUGAAAGAGUUCGGCCGCUCUCAGACGGAAACAAUCCUUGGUCUACUACUCUACUGAAAUCCCAGAAAUCUGUUCCACUGGCUGCAUUAUUUGCUGAGCAGGAGACGACUACAGAUGAAACGAGUUCUCUGGACGGUUCAGACAGCAAACCAAAGCAACUCAAGUUCCCCAAUCAGGUCUAUAUUGAUCUACCUCUGUGUAAGGACGAGCAGAGCGAGGGAUCUGGGGUCGGUGCAGGGGGUGGGGCAGAGAGCCAGGAGGAGCCAGCCACAUCCACCAGCUCAACAAGCACGACGCCGCAGCACACACCCACUAACAGUCUGAAGCGUGCAGGUGGGCGGCGGCGCACGGACACGGUGUUGUACGGCUGUGCCUCGCUCCUAGCCGCUGUGGCUCUGGGUCUGGACCUGCGUGAUGCCCACAAGGCCACGCCCACCGAUGAACUGGAGCCUCGAGAAGACAGGAAGAAGCGUGAAGGCCUGUUUCAGCGUGCCACACGUUUCCGGCGCAGUUCCAGCCCACGCAGGGACGACAACCUCCUGGCCAUGUCCUCAAUCUCGGAGUGCAACUCCACCAAGUGUCUCCUCCAUGCAGACUCUGACGGGCCUGAGCACAGCCCUGUAACUGAGGCACCACUCAACGGCUCUGGAUUCUACAAUAUCAAUCAGAGUGAUAGAAACGUGGGCAGAACUGAUAAUCUUUGCCCUCCCUUAGUACCAGAGCAUGGCACCAACUCUGGGUCCCGGCUCAGGAGGAAGAAAUCCAGUCCUGCUGUCUGUCAGAAUACAGCUGGCACCAACUGUUCCAUGUCUAGCGCUACUACAGAAAUCCAUGUAGUCUCCUCCUCGCAGAAAAAGAAACCUGACCGAGAGAGCAACCAGGAAAAGCAGACUGCUGUAGACUCAGUCUCCAGACCCAGGCCGUUGUCUCUGAGAUCCAAACCUCACUGCUGGGGUCUUCUGAGGAGCAGAAACAAGAGCUACUCUCUAGGCCAUUGCUCUGGAGAGAAGAGUGCACAGAGCCUUGACAUUGUGCUGUCCUCUGAGGUCAAAAUGGGCUGCUCUCUCUUGGACGUAGACACUGAGGGACAGAAACGCGACUGCACCGUUCCCCUUUGCCGAAUCCAGAGCGCACCAAGUCGCCCGUCUGUCUUUGAACUGGAAAAGGAGUUCUUUUCUUGAAAGAAGCUGCCUCGCCUCGCCUCGCCUCGCCUCUCCUGUCCUGUCCUCAAGAGCACAACCCAACAAUCUGACUUAAAUCUGGUUAUAGUUCUAUGACAAGAUUCUUCGGUGUUCAGGACUCAGAACAUUGUGGCAUUUGUGCCCAAUUUUAAGCUAUUGCUGCUGGAGGUGUAAUCUACUUUUUUUUUUUUUUGUGUAAUUUAUAUUCAGUUUAUUUUGAUAAGUAAUUUAAUAUGGAAGGACAUAUGAGCAAAAUGAUCAGCAUUCCUUUUUACUGAAGAAUGGCCAGUGCGUAGUCCAUUAUGUUUUUAACACUGCCGCUAGUGCACAUUCCAUAUACUGGGGGGGGAAGAAAAAAAAAAGUGAAAGAUGUUGGUGUACUACUGUACUUUUGAUCUCGUAAGUGUUGAAUUUUUAUUUGUGUUAGAAGCAAAGUUGUUUAUUCAACCUGGAUAAUCCUGGAUAUUAGUUUAUUCUGAGCAUAUAGAGAAUGAAAAUGUGUGAAUUAAUAUUUUAUUUUUUUUAUUUUAAAAUACUACUGCAGGUGUUUGGCCCCUGGUUGAUCUGAAUGUAGAGAGAUGCUGCUGUACGGUGCGGACAUGAGCUUACAGCAACUCGGACAUCUUUUAUGGAAAAUGUUAGUUCCCUGAGGAAGUUAGAUGAGUCGUGUGGCGUAGUGACUUCCCCUGCUUUUCUUGCUCGGUAUCUGCUUUUCUUUCAUGAAUUUGCCAACAGUAAGCGUUUCCAUGCUAUCUAUAACAUUUAAAAUGGAUAAAUAUUACAACCCUGAGUCACAUAAUACGGUCAGUAUUACAUUCUCUUAGUGGUCUCACUGUCUUUAGGUUCCCACGCCACAGAGUUUGCUGUUUGCUUGUUGCUGCUGUUCCCAGGUGACCUUUCUCUUUUCACUAUACCUGUGAAACGGGUAGAGUAGUGUCAGUGCGUCUCCUCUGCGUGCUUUUACUGCAUCUGGUUAAACUGAUAUCAUUUGUCAAAGUUUACAAGCACUGUGAUUCCAGACUUUUUUCACUUGAUGGACAGAGAAAGCCCCAGUUCAGUAUCCAACAUGAGGAUAGGACCAACCAGCUGAUAAAAUGACGUUCCUCUGAAAAUGUUCUAUAAGGUUAGAAUUUGUUUAGUUUAUCUCAUCUCAUUAUCUCUAGCCGCUUUAUCCUUCUACAGGGUCGCAGGCAAGCUGGAGCCUAUCCCAGCUGACUACGGGCGAAAGG